GUUAAAGGGGUAUUAACUCUCCAUUUACUAACAGUUCCUUAUAUUACUUUUAGUAAUGGAGAACAGUCUAUCUCAUCUCCCCCACGAAAGAGGAGACAGAAGUCAGACCCCUGUGCAGGAUGUGAUGGGAAGGCGUUGGAAGGCAAAAAACUGUGCUUAGACUGUUUGCAGAAAGUGACCACUCCAGCAGCCGUAACACCCACUCAGUCACCAGAUAUCCUGACCUGGAUCAGACAGGAAGUGGCUCAGGGCAUUUCAGAAGCCAUGGAGGCAAGUAAGCGGUCUGUAAAAAGACCAAGACAGAGACUGAUAUCCUCAGAUUCAUCUGGCUCAGAAUACCAGGAUUCAGUUGAAGAAUUUCAGGUUCUUGAUCAGGUUUAUUCUAGUGAGAACGAAGAAGAGGUCUUGUCAGAAUAUCUAGACGCCAAGACAGUGGAUAAGCUCAUCUUAAAG